AUGGAUCACGGUGUCAAGUACCUGAUACUUUCAGUGCUCUGUCUGGUAUUAUCGGGAUACGAAGCGGACGAUAACUACGAAACGAUUCUAUCGAGGAAACGACGGUACGUCGUUUUUCCCGAAGGCUCCACAUUUUCCAUCGCACUCUGCAUGACCGUGCACACUCUGACUUCGGACAACAUCUUCACGGAGGGACUCAACUGGGGCAUCUCGUACGACUUGCCCAACGAGAGCAAACCUGCGUUGGAGCCGUUUCUGGAGUUGAGAAACGAUAGACUCAAAGCCGGCAACAAGCACGACCGUUACGGUGCCACUGCGGUCGUUGACAGGAACACCGCCCUGAAAUAUUCUGGAUGGAAUAACGACAUCAAAUCUCAUUUCACCCCGAGCAGAAAAAAGUACCGCAAGUCAGAAUAUUACUACUUACAAAGGAGGCACCGACGAGAGCUUUACAACAAGCUUGAAGUCAUCAUGAACGCGAUGGGCUUUGACGGUAGAACGUGCAUUCUACGCGCACUUUGCGAAGCAUCCCAAAGAUUGAUGCCAAAAGGAAAUACGUUAGUGGAGGAGAUGAUGAGAAUAUCAUUUUCGCUACCCCUGAAGAGAGUGUUCUCGUUCGAGCCGCAGGAGCAUCACACAUACACCCAGGCACAUAAAGCCGGCCACGAGGGCAAGGACUGCGCCGCCAUGUUUCCCGGGUGCAGUUUCUCCCUCAUCGACUUGGCCCUCGGGAGAUAUAACGCACCCCCGUCCGAUCAGCCCGGGGAUCCUGCGGACUACACCGGAACUUUGGGCACUGAGGGAGAACCCGCUGCGGAUUGGCCCGGGUACAACAUGAAGUGAA